UAUCAUAAAAGUAAUUUUACUUUUCUCUUUCUCUCUUCGUCUUUCAUGGACAGAGUGAGUAUGGAAGGUUCAGCUGGUCGAAUCUACAAAGGAAGUAAAGUUCGAGCCCACAAAUACCCUUGGUUAGCUCACAUUCGAUCGUACGUCAGCCGAAACGCUGGAUCAUUCGCUCAAUGUGGUGGUUCUUUGAUCGAUGAACAACACAUCGCCACUGCCGCUCAUUGUGUUGUCAGCGAUGAUGGUUCACCUUUCGAUGUCUCCAAUGUUUUCCUUGGAAAAGUCAAGGCUUUCUCUGAAUACUCUCAAAUCAGCUCAGUCUCAGAAAUCUGGGUUGACCCUAACUACAAUCGAAAGGAUCUUUCCAACGAUUUCGCCAUCUUGACCCUCUCAAAGCCUGUUAAAUUCACUCAACAAAUUUCUCCAGUCUGUUUACCAAAGAGCGAAUCUGGUUUAUCCAAACUCACCGUCUCCGGAUGGGGAACCACUUCCGCUAACUCUGAAUCAAGUGACACUCUCUUAGAAGUCGAUGUUUCAUUCUUGACCCGAGACCAAUGUAACGACAUUAAGACCGACUACUUUUUUAAACAAAAUGGUAUUCCUCUAUCAAUGAAGGUGAUCCCUGAAGUGCCUGAGACCCACAUUUGCGCCAUCAACCAAAAAUCCAACAAUUUACUAAUUACUGACAUUUCAACCGAUGACAAUGUUUUUCAAAAUAACAUAGAAGUGAUAUAAAAAAUUUAUUUCGUC